UCCGAACUCUGAGGGGCCGUGCUCUUCUGACCAACCGCUUUACGCACAGACGGGAGCAACUUUACGCACAGACGGGAGCAACUUUACGCACAGACGGGAGCAACUUUACGCACAGACCAGACCAACUUUACGCACAGACUGGAGCACCGCGGCCAGACAUUUGGACUCCAUCUGGACACGGGCUCCAUAUGGGCACAAAUCUAUGGAAUUUACUUUCAUUUUCAAUCAUCUGUGACGCUUUGACGCGGAUGGAGAGAGCCGCGUGGAAACUGUCCAACCCGUGUCCAAAUCCAGCGUCUUUGGAGCGCGCUUCCCUCGGGUUUAGACGCAGAUAGAUGCGGUUUUGUUCAGCGGUGGUGACUCUGGAGCGGGACAGUAGAGAGGAGCGGAGGAGCUGACAGCUGCGCGGGGGCUCGGGCUGGAGAAGAUGAACAGCGGAGGCUCGGGGAACUUUCUGCUGGUGCCCAUCCCGGAGUAUCCGCUGCUGGAUUGUGUCCCCAACAAGACCGUGAAGAUCGUGGUGCUCGGAGCCAGCAACGUGGGCAAAACCGCUCUGAUCGUGCGGUUUCUCACCAAACGUUUCAUCGGGGAUUAUGAAGCCAACACGGGAGCUCUGUAUUCGAGGAAGUUGCCUCUGGACACAGAGGACGUGUCUCUCCAGAUCCAGGACACUCCCUGUGUGUCUCUGCAGGAGGACGACGGCCUGUACUGCCAGGAGCAAAUCAACAGAUCUAUUUACUGGGCGGAUGGAUACGUGUUUGUGUUCUCCAUCACAGACUACAGCAGUUACCGCACGGUGCAGCCUCUUUACCAACACGUGCGCCGCAUCCACCCGUCCGGAAACAUCCCCAUCAUCCUGGUCGGGAACAAGAGCGACCUGCUGCGAGCUCGACAGGUGCCCGCUGACGACGGAGAGACGCUCGCCGCCACUCUAGGGGGAGUGUACUUCGAGACAUCAGCACGAGAAAACCACCACAGCGUCCACAGCGCCUUCCAGCAUCUGUGUCAGGAGGUGAUUCGCUCCUUUGGUUCUGCAAACGGAGAGAAGCGUCGCGGAGGGCUUCAUUUAGCACGACCCAAGUCUCCAAACAUGCAGGAACUGAAGAGGAGGUUCAGACAAGUGCUCUCGUCCAAAGUCAAGUCUGCGCCCACGUUAUGACCCGAAACGCAACCAAAAUUCAUCCAAUAUAUUCCCCAAAACUGACCCGAAACUCACCCAAAAUAUACCCCAAAACUGACCCAAAAUAUACCCCAAAACUGACCCGAAACUCACCCAAAAUGUUCCCACAAAAAUUAUCCGAAAAUGACCCAAAAUGUUCCCACAAAACUGACCCGAAAUAUACCCCAAAACUGACCCAAAAUAUACCCCAAAACCCACCCAAAAUAUACCCCGAAACUGACCUAAAAUGUUCCCACAAAACUGACCCGAAAUAUACCCCAAAAUGUUCCCACAAAACUGACCUAAAACUGACCCAAAAUAUACCCCAAAACUCACCCAAAAUAUACCCCAAAACUGACCCAAAAUAUACCCCAAAACUCACCCAAAAUAUACCCCAAAACUGACCCAAAAUAUACCCCAAAAGUGACCUGAAAUAUACCCCAAAACUGACCCAAAACUCACCCAAAAUAUAUCCCAAAACUGACCCAAAAUAUACCCAAAAACUCAUCCAAAACUCACAGAAAAAUACCCAAAAAUUGACUCAAAAUAUUCCCAAAAACUCAUCCCUCUGAACACAAGAGGAGGUUCAGACAAGUGCUCUUGUCUAAAGUCAAGUCUGCAACAACGUUAUGACCUGAAAUGCAGCCACAACCCACCCAAAAAAUACUCAAAAACUGACCCAAAAGUUACCAAAAGUAUACUCAGAAGCUGAUCUGAAACUUGUCCAAAAACUGACCCGAAACUAAAACUAAAGAGGAGGUUCAGACAAGUGCUCUCAUCCAAAAUCAAGUCUGCAGCCAUGUUUUGACCCGAAACGCAUCUGAAACUCACCAAAAACUCACCAAAAACUUACUCAAAAAUGUACCAAAAAAACUGACCUGAAACUCACCCCUCUGAACCAGGAGGAGGUUCAAGUGCCUUCGUCUAAGGUCAAGUCUGCACCGAUUGCUAUGUUUGCCCGGAAUCCAGAACACAUUUCUCCAAUACUUUCUGAAGAUGUGAGUCUGGUCACCGGUGAAUCUCCAGAGUUCAGAUGGGCGUGAUUGACAGGUGGAUUAGCCAAUGAAAGACAGGGAUGGUCUGUUCUUAUCAAAACAAACAUGGCUGCUUACAAGGAAAAAAGAAUGAGGAAAAAAAACGAGACUGAAAAACUGUUGAACUUUGAUUUAGUUUGUAAAUGACUGACUGAAGAUGAUUCACUUUGUCACUCAAAUAAACAAACAUAAACUCUUCCAAAACCUACCAUGACGUAUCCUUCAAAAUUUACCCAAACUUUUCCCAAAAUCUAGCCAAAAACUCAUCCAAAUCUUCCAUUUUCAACUAAAGACAAGGUCCAGAUAUGAGUUUUUGUCUUAAGUAAAAGUCUGCACCAACGGUAAGAUCCAAAACUGAACCAAAUCUCACCUUAAAGUCGCCCAAAAACUGACCCAGAUCUCGCACCACCACCAUGAACCAUCUGACCAGCCCGGACUCAACCUUAAGGAGGACAUUUCGAGUUUUCUUCAGGUUCUUCCUUGUUUUUAAAGUUCAUCCUUAAACCUUCUUCUGAUUAGUUUGACCUUUGACGCUACAGAACCCAUCGUUUGAGCGAAGUUCGUUCCUCAAGGACCCAAGAACCACACGCGCUGGUCGGGACUUGGAUCGAACGCCUGAAUAAAUCUGCAUUUUGGACUUUUAAAUACUUGUAAUAAUUCUACAAAGUGCAUCUCAAUCCUUCUGCAGGAACUUUACCGUUUUCUGGUCGAAGAGGAGCGACGAAAAUACACGACGAUCACGAUCAAAGUGUUGGACAAACCUUGAAGAAGAAACAACAUCAAAACCAUGAAAGACACAAAUGGAACAGGUAGUAAGCAAAAAUAUAAACUCAAAAUAACUCAUAAUUCCAUAUAUCUUGCGUCGUAUAAAGUAUUUGAGAAAAACACGGUCCAAACCUUUGAGCGGUCGUGUAGAUAAACGGUUUCCUUCGAUGUCCUGGUAGUUCGAGCGUCAGAUUUGAGUUUUAUGUUUUAUUUUUCUACAAAUGUUUUUAAUGUUUACAAUAAAAAAUCUGAAUCUCUGAGUUUGAACUUCCUUCUGGAAACUCGAAAAAACAGGACGUGACCUUUGAGCGGAGAAUGUGAGGUCAAAG